UGAAGUGAGAUUUGCACGCUUCAGAGCCCGCCCAUCUACCAACCCACAUAGGAAAAGACGGUUGGACUCUCGAUUUUUCUCCCUAAUUUAAAGUUGUCAGUUUGUCCUGUUGUAUUUAUUACCCAUCUAAUUUGUUCUACAAGGAAAUAAAGAACUCGCUUUGAAAAAGGCACAAUAAUUAUAACUGACGUGAAUAUUUGGCUUAUGUGAAACACCUGAUAUACAGAUGUGCAUUCUCGCACAACAUAGUGUUCCCUGGAAGGGAUGACAAAAGCCUUCACAACUAGUCGUGGGAGCCAAGUUUUCUGGCUUUGAGUUAGACAGUCCGUUGACGUGCGAGCGACAUAUAGUUGACCCGUUAACAACAGCAAUGGCGUCGGCAGUAGCAUGUCUUCAGCGAGUUUUCAAUUUUGCUGUGCCCUUGUCUGCUGUCUCUGGAAAACGUUACUGUUAUCCAGUGACAAGAAAGCUUUAUUCAAUUGAAAAGUGGAAUCUUUAUCAUGGAGUAAAACAGAAAGUAUCACUACCAGUUCAUUCUGCACCCUUAAUUUCAGGCAGCUGUUUCGAAUUGAAGGGGUUAAAAGUGUUUUCUUUGGACCAGAUUUUAUCACCAUUACAAAGGCAGGGAAUGAUGUUCAGUGGAAGAUACUCAAGCCAGACAUCUAUGCAGCUAUUAUGGAUUUCUUUACUUCUGGUUUGCCUGUAAUUACAGAUGAAGCUGCUCGCACUGACACAGCAUUUUCUGAUGAAGAUGAUGAAGUUGUAGCAAUGAUAAAAGAAUUGCUGGACAGCAGAAUAAGGCCAACAGUCCAAGAGGAUGGAGGAGAUGUUAUCUAUAAAGGCUUUGAAGAUGGGAUUGUGAAAUUGAAGCUGCAGGGUUCCUGUACAAGCUGCCCUAGCUCUAUAAUAACGUUGAAAAGUGGGAUACAGAAUAUGCUACAGUUCUAUGUGCCAGAGGUUGAAGGUGUGGAGCAGGUUAUUGACGAUGAGAAAGACGCAGAGUUAUCCUGAUUGAUUUGCCUUGGCAACAUGUUUGGAAUGGGAAUAUAUUCUUAGAGAAUAAUCAUUUAGACAUAAUUUAAACUGCUGCGCACUUUACUUGACCCAAAUGCUUCAUUUUAUAUUUUUUCUUUCUUCAGUUAUGUUUGGCACAGGUAGUUUAUAUUUUUAUUUAAGGUUGCAAACAUAUUUAAUGUCAACAUCUAUUCUGAAAGUCAUUAUUUUGCUUUGUGCUGCAGGCCACAGUAUUAGAAUAUUAGAAUGCAUAUCACUAUAUAAGCCAACAUGGUGGGGGUAUAAAUAAGUAGCACAUUUUAGUUUUGAAUUUCUGUAGGUUAAAGAAAUUAAAAAAAAAAAAAACUGAGGUGUUGAGUAAGAGCCAGCUUGUUUCAGAGUAGUCUGAAACUAGAACUAGUGAGAGCAUCUCUCAGGGAAGAGACCUUGUGAAGAGAUGUGUUUUUGCAGGGCAAACACUGGUAUGAGGAGGUGGGGCUUCCACUUGCAGUGCAUCAUACGUUGGCUGUUAUGUAUAACCUGUGGAUGAGUAAUUUAUAUGUAACAACCAAUGCAUGAUGCACUGCAAGUGCAUCAUGCGUUGGCUGUUAUGUAUAACCUGUGGAUGAGUAAUUUUUACAACUAGUAGUCUGUGACUCAACAGAUGGCACCUCCCUCCGUUGAUGCUGGAAGAUCAGAAGACUGUGGGUUCUAGUCCCACACCAGAUUCUGAAGAUUCAUUUUCUAACACUGCAGAGCAGUAUGAGUAAGGAUACUACAUUCCUGAGAAUGCUGUCUUCUGGAUGAGAUGCUAAGCUUAGGUCCUGUUUGCCUGAGCUGGUGGUAGCUUUGGUGAAUGCAGAGACCUAAGGCACUUGUUGAAUGAGUAGAGGAAUUUCUACAAUGUCCCCUAGCCUGUAUGAAAACCACUUUUCUCCUCCAGUAAAGGUGCCAUAAAAUGAAUUAAAACAUGAAUAAAAUGAAUAUUAUGCCAUA